AUGAAAAAGGAAGGCUCCUCAGGUUCCUUCAGAAUCAAGGCAAACCCAGGCUCCCUCUCACGUGCUGUGAGUUGGAUAAAUUUCUCCUCCCUGUCCAGGCAGACAAAGAGGCUGUUUCGCAGUGAUGGAGAGCUGUCGGCUUGUGGACAGCAGGUGGAAGCAGAUGAUGAGAACUGGAUAUACAGGACCCAGCCCAGAAAAGCGGUUUCCAACUUAGACGAGGAGAGUCGAUGGACUGUCCACUACACGGCACCAUGGCAUCAGCAGGAGAAUGUGUUCCUUCCCACCACAAGACCCCCCUGUGUGGAGGACCUGCACCGCCAAGCCAAGCUCAACCUCAAAUCAGUGCUGAGGGAAUGUGACAGGCUGAGGCGAGAUGGCUGCCGAAGUUCUCAGUACUAUUCUCAGGGACCCACCUUUGCAAUCAGCUCCAGUCCAUGCGACGAUUAUCAAGAUGAAGAUGCAGAAACAGACCAAAAGUGUUCUCUCUCUUCAUCUGAAGAAGAAAGAUUUAUCGGUAUCAGGAGACCUAAAACGCCAACCUCAGGUGACUUCUCCGGCCUUCAUACUCAGACGAACUGGACCAAGUCCCUGCCACUGCCAACACCAGAAGAGAAGACACGGCAGCAAGCCCAGACGGUUCAGGCUGAUGUGGUUCCUAUUAACAUAACUGCAUCAGCCACUGGCCAAGAUGAUGAUGGUAGUGCUCAUUCGCUGUAUGUCCCAGACCACUACUCUACAUUAGGAAAGCUUGAUAGCUAUCAGUCCACUGGGCAAUGCUUGGAAACCCGGGACUCCAGCUGUCAGACCGAAGAAGUGAAAGUCAUCCCACCAUCAAUGAGAAGGAUCAGGGCUCACAAGGGGAUAGGCAUUGCUGCCCAGAUGAGCCACCUCUCAGGUUCCUCUGGCAACAUGUCUGUGCUGAGUGACUCAGCUGGUAUCAUGUUCCCAUCUCGCCUCAAUAACGAUGCUGGUUUCCACAGUCUUCCUCGUACUGUCACAAGAGCAAGCACCUAUUCACUGGAGGCAAGGAUGGGUGCCCUGGGCUCUGCUGAAGAUGUGGAUGACACUUUUCCCUACCAGAGGAGUAACUCACAGGGGCAUGAAAACUUUGCACAUUUAGGAGGAGCCUUGAGUACUGGGAUGCUUUCAAGACCCAGCUCCCAGCUGAGGUUCUUGGAGAGUCCAGCAUGCGUGGUUUCACCUCAUGCAGCCUACUCUACCAGCGUCAUCCCAAAUGCUACACUACUGUCCUCUUCAGAGGUCAUUGUCAUUCAUACUGCUCAGAGUGCAGGACAGCUGGACAGUAGAACACCUGGCUCAUCUUCAUACUCAAAGAUAAAACCCAGAGACAGUCCUCCACCCAGAUGUUCUGUGAAAGAUGACCAUCAGUCCCCCUGUCAUCACUGGAACGAGGGUCAUAUCAUUCAUUCACAGGCUUUAGCCUCCUCUGCCCCCAGUGCCACCACACUGUUAUCCCUCCAUGAUUCAGAGGUCUCUCUAAAUGCCCCAACAAAUAGGGAGAAUGGAUCCCAAGCCAUACUCUAUCAUUGUAGAAACAGCCUGAGCUUUCCUGCCCACCCUCCAGAUGUGGAUGGCAAAAGCGAGUAUAGUUAUUCAGGAGACAGGGGAUGUGGCACUUCUGAGCCCUGGGAAUAUAAAGCCUCCACCAAUGGGCGGGCAUCCCCACUGAAACCACAACUGGCAACUCCUGGUUGCUCGACUCCCACAAGUAACAUGAGCAGCUGCAGUUUGGACCAAACAUCUCUCAAGGAAGAUGCCAGGUCCUUGUAUUCAGAGGACCACGAUGGUUAUUAUAUGACCACGCAGAGUGAUUCUAGACACGAGGCUGGGAACUUGUACAGUAUCAGUGAUGAGUUUGAGAACUCCAGGCACAGCAUGGUCAAUGUUUUUGAUGGAAGGGCUCAGAGAAGCCAAGGGGAUCAGGCCACUCACCAGGAUAAAAUCCUUUCGAGAAACAUCUCUCUGAAGAAAGCAAAGAAACCACCCCUGCCACCAUCCCGGACCGAUUCUCUGCGAAGGAUUUCUAAGAAGAACAGUCAGACAAAUGGGCAGCUGCUCAAUGAAAGCCUGAUCGCCUCCCUCCAACAUUCCCUGCAGCUAAGCCUCCCUGGCAAGGGUAGCAGCUCCCCUUCCCAGAGCCCCUGCAGUGACUUUGAGGAACCCUGGCUCCCCAGGUCCAGAAGCCAGAGCAUCAUUAGCGAGGGUAGUAGCAUGACCUCCACCACCACUCCCAACGUGUAUUCUCUGUGUGGGGUCACUCCAUCUCAGAGCGACACAAGCAGCGUCAAGUCGGAAUACACGGACCCUUGGGGCUACUACAUUGACUACACAAGUUUGCAGGAAGAUCCAGGGAACCCCACAGGGGGCUGCUCAGCCACCAGUGAGGCAUCAACUGGAAAUGGGCCAGUCUGCCACAUCCAGGAGGGGUCGAGAGUCCCAGUGCCCCAAGUGCCGGGCUGCUCAGUUAAACCAAAGAUUACCUCACCAGAGAAGUCACAGAGAGUCACCUCUCCAUCCAGUGGGUAUUCUAGCCAGUCGAAUACACCCACGGCACUCACCCCGGUGCCUGUGUUUUUAAAAUCAGUGUCACCAGCAAAUGGAAAGGGGAAGGCCAAACCCAAAGUUCCUGAAAGAAAAUCGUCUCUGAUCUCUUCUAUGUCGAUCUCCUCGUCGUCCACUUCUCUCUCCUCUACCGAAGGAAGUGGUACCAUGAAGAAGCUGGAUUCAGCCCUGGCCUCAGUCAUUGCUCCUCCCCCUCCUCCUCUUCCCCCUCUGCCUUCUCCGUGUCUGGCAGACAAGUCCCCUUUUCUUCCACCACCUCCUCCUCUAGCAGACUGCUCCGAAGGUUUUCCUCUGGUGGAGGGUUUCCCCCCUCCACCACCAGAAGCCCUUGUUCCCUUCUGUUCUCCCACUGACAGGUGCCUUUCUCCUUCUACCAUAGCAGUUAGCCCCUCUCUUCCAAGAUCCUCAUCUCCCUUGCCAGCACCUCCACCUUUCUUGCCCCCUUCAGAACCCCCACCCGCUCCGCCUCUGGACCCCAAAUUCAUGAAAGAAAGUAGGCCCUUUUUCAAAAACUCUAGCCAGUCCCAAUCCUCUAGGGAGGCCCUCAGGCGGCCUGCCAACAAGGAGGAGAGCUGUCGGCACCCCAUGCCCCUGAUCACCACCGAAGCUUUGCAGAUGGUGCAGUUGAGGCCAGUGAGAAAGAACUCAGGUGCCGAGGCAGUCCUGUUUUCUGAACCAUCAGCUCAGGAACAACGAACUCCGACUGCUCCACAGUAUCACUUAAAGCCAUCUGCUUUCCUCAAAUCCCGAAAUAGCAUAAAUGAAAUGGAGAGUGAAAGCCAGGCUGCCUCUGUGACGAGCUCGCUUCCGAUGCCUGCCAAGAGCCAGAGUCAGGGUGACCAUGACAGUGCAGUCGAGCGUGGGGGCCUUCAGAGCUGCAGUGAUGGAGCUCCAGGCCCGGGUCCCAGCCUCAGGACCACUCUGCUCCCAGACUCUUCACCCAGCAGAAAGCCACCCCCCAUCUCCAAGAAGCCCAAACUGUUCCUGGUGGUACCACCUCCACAGAGAGAUUUCACAACGGAGCCCACAGAGAACGGGAGCGAAGCUUUCCCAGGCGUGCCCAGCCCUACCAGGGCAAACAGGGAAGCUGUGCAUAGCCAAGAGGAGAAAUCCAGCCCACCAUCCCGAGCUGGCUCUCAUGCUACAGCCCCCACCCCUGGCAGUCCAGCGUUAGAAAGAGGAACUGCAGGGUCCUUGUCCUCUGGCAUUGUGGAAGCCAAUGCCCCCAUGGUCCAACCUAGUACAUCACCGGGGUCCACACAGGAAGAGUCGGGCGAGAACAGCGUGGAUGGUGAGAGAAAUGCGAAGAGCUGCCUGUCUCAACAGGGCCGAGAAGCUGGGUUGCUGGAACCCAACACAACUGCUGCUUCUUCAGACACCGUGGACCUAUCUAAGGAAGAAGGAAGCGAUGAGGUGCUGACUCCCACUAAACCCAGGACAACAGAAGACUUGUUUGCAGCCAUUCACAGAUCCAAAAGGAAAGUCCUUGGUCGGAAAGACUCAGAAGAUGAUCAUACUCGAAAUCACUCUCCCUCCCCGCCUGUGACACCCACGGGUGCUGCCCCUAACCUGGCCUCUCCAAAGCAAGUAGGGUCCAUCCAGAGAAGCAUAAAAAAGAGCACUACCAGCAGUGACAACUUCAAAGCUCUUCUGCUAAAGAAGGGGAGUCGCUCGGACACCAGCGCUCGCAUGUCAGCGGCAGAGAUGCUCAAAUCCACGGACCCUCGAUUCCAGAGAUCUAGGUCAGAGCCUUCGCCAGACAUCCCGGACAGCCCAUCCAGCUGCUCCCCCAACAAGAACAAGAGAGCUCAGGAGGAGUGGGCCAAGAAUGAAGGCCUGAUGCCUCGGAGUCUGUCCUUUUCCGGUCCUCGGUACAGCCGCAGCAGGACCCCACCUUCUGCAGCCAGCAGCCGGUACAGCAUGAGGAACCGCAUCCAGAGCAGCCCCAUGACAGUCAUCUCUGAGGGAGAGGGAGAACCUGCUGAGCCAGCAGACAACAAAACACACAGGGCCCUGGACACUGCCAGUCGAUGCUCUCUGGACAGACUGGCGGGGCAGGAGAUGGACCAGGACAGCCUGCUCUGUAUCGAGGAGCCUGCCACUGUGGAUGGGAUAGGAAGGGCUGAGGGCAAUGGUCCCUCAGAGCAGUGUGAGGGUACUGAACAGAAGAGUUAGUAUCAGAACCUGCCUCUCAUAAAUGAGGCAGGAAGGUGAGCUAUGCAUCACUCUAGGAAGUCUCUGUGGCCUUUUCCUGUCUUGUGGGGACCCCACUCAGCAUUGGUGUUGGAGAGUUCUCAGCCUUGCGGCUCUCUUAGGACUCACUCGCCAUGUGACUUAAAAGCAAGUAGAAGCUUCAACUUCUGAAAGUGCUUCCUGGGGAAGAUGGUUUUUUUUUGUUUGUUUUUUUGGGUUUUUUUUAGUUUGUUUUUU